AUAAAGUUGUAUUUCCAUGGAUUUAUAAAUACAGAUUCAUUUUGUUUUUAGUUUUUGCUUUUGCAUAAGAUGAAUAGUAAUGUAAGCUUCUUUAUAUCUCACCCAACAUUUUCUUUUGUUUUUACUUUCAAAUUAAAACUUUAACGUCAGAAUGCUGUUUUAUUGAAAUUUCUACAAUGGGUUGUGGAUCAAGCUCUGAUUCAAAGGUCGUUACAAAUAAACCUAUUAGUUAUGGUCCUCCUCCACCAUAUCAAUCACCUUCUCCAAAUCCAACUCAUGUGGAAACCCAGCAACCACAACAUUUAUCAGUAAAGGAUGAAAAACCUCAGAAUUCACAGAAUGAGGCAUUACCAGAUAAGGAUUCAGAGUUUGAGAGUUCACAAAAUAAAAGUUCUCAAAAUGAAAAUGGUAACACAAGCGAGUUAGAAGUUGUUGAUGUCAAUCCAGGAAUAAAUGUUCAGCAUGAAAUAAGUUUAUUUGUUGAGUACCAAGAGAAGAUUAAUGAAUUAGAAAACAAAAAUGUUGAGGAGAUGUUUUUAGUUCACACAAUGGAAUACGAAACAGUAAAAGUUGCUCUGGAAAAGAAGCGAGCUGAAUAUGAUUUAUUAUACAGUCAAAUGCUUGAAAAGAGAAAUAACAAUGAUAUUGUUAAUGUCAAAUUUGCAACAACAAACUUCGUUGUUGAUGGAUCUACUCUGCAACAAGAAGAACUACAAUAUUUGGAAAUAAAAAACAAAGUAGAUAUCUGUAAAAAUCAGUUGGAUUGUCUUAUAAAACAAGAGGAAGAGUUGCAAGCUGUUCUGGAAACAGAAAAACAAGAAUCAAAUAAUUUGAUAGAUUUGAAAGAAAAACAAGAUUUAUUGCUUGAAUCAAUGUUUAACGGAGAAUAUGGCAGUGAAUUAGAGGGUUGGCUUGAGCUUCAUGUUGAACAAUAUUUCAUUUACAAACAACAUCUUAGUUUUGUUUAUUCAAAAUGGAGAUAUGCUCGUCAGCUCUUUUAUAAUGCAUGUUGGCAAAUAUCUUAUGCUUACAGGCGGUGGAUGCAAAUUGAGACAAUACCUCAAAAUUUUCCUCAGGCUAAAUAUUAUUUGGCAACUGACACAAGAAACCAUUUGAUAGCUGCUGAUCAAAAUUGCAGAAAAGCUGCAGAAUUCAUAUCCAUGAACUCUAUGCCCUAUUGGAGUUUUGAAGAUUUUAAGAAUAUUGUUAUUAACAUAAACACUAUUUAUAAUGAUGUCAUGAUAAAAGAAAACUUCAACAGAGCUCUUUUAUGGUUUAAAUAUUACCAUUACCGACUAGCUGUGCAGUUACAAUGGACUGAUAAUGUUAUCAAUACGAAAUUGACAGCAGAUUAUCAUCAAGCAGUUCAGGUUUACAAGCAAAAAUAUCAAGAGUUACGAAUGGAACGCAUCCGAUGCUUGCAAGAAAUUGCUCAUAAAUGGAGUUUAAACAUAGAUUUUAAAUUUCUUGAAAAAUGCAACUCUGAUGAAAAUCAUCAAGAAAAUGUUUCUGUUCAAAUAUCAGCACCUAUCACAAUGCCAAGCAAUCAAGAAUCAAGUCUUGCUGUUCCAGAUAUUGAUAUAGUUGAAGAGGAUCUUAGUGAUUUUAAUUCAAUUAUGAAUGAUAAUAUUGCUGAAUAUAUCAAAGAUGAAGAUAAAAAUAAAUUUGAAAACAUUGAAAAUAGAGUUAAUGAAAAUAUAACCAAUGAAAAUACAGCAAUUGAAAAUACAGCAAUUGAAAAUACAGCAAUUGAAAAUACAGCAAAUGAAAAUGCAGGCAAUGAAAAUUUAGUCAAUGAAAAUGCAGCAAAUGAAAAUGCAGCCAAUGAAAAUGCAGCCGAUGAAAAUGCAGCCAAUGAAAAUGCAGCAAAUGAAAAUGGAGCCAAUGAAAAUGCAGCCAAUGAAAAUGCAGUCAAUGAAAAUACAUCCAAUGAAAAUGUUGCCAAUGAAAAUACAGAAGAAAAAAGUACAACCAAUGAAUAUACAGCUCAUGAUAAUUUAGAGUUUGAAAAAAAUGAUAUUGAUUCAUCUCAAAUAAAGACUGAAGAAGGUAUGACAAAUUUAGAAGUUGAGAAAAUACCUAAUAAUUAUAUUAAUGAUCAAAAUAAAGAUUCCUUCAACAAUGCUGAGAUACUUGAUGCAAAGGCACCCGCUCCUCCUGCAUUAAAGUACAUCCCUCUAUCUGAAUUAGCUCCUGUACCCUCUGAUAUUGAACUAUUUGGUAACAUCCAAGACCUUCAGGAGAAACACAAACAUGAGGUGGAAGAGUUUGAAAAGGCUCAAGCUAACAAUAAAGCUAAGCAACUUGAUGACUUACAACGAAAACUAAAAAGAAGAAAAACCCAGCGUAGAAUGUUGCUUCAGCAAAAUAAAGAAGUUAAUGAUUUACUUUCUGGUGUAUAGAUGUAUGAGCAGUAGUUUAUUUUUAAUAGUUAUGAAAAAUUUAUAAAUAAGCAAAAUUGUUGUAUAUAAAAUAUAUAUGCAACAAUAUAAUAUAUUUUAUACAAUAAUAUAAUAUAUAAAAAUAUAAUACUUGUAUAUGUAUGUAAGUAUGCACAUAAAUUACUUUUUUUAACAAAUUUCCUUUAAAAUAAUGAACUUUAAAAUAAUGAACUUUAGAACUGACGAUGAUUACUAAUUUGUGACUUGAUGUUUUUCAAAACAUUUAUUGACAUUACUAGGUCAAAAUCCAAUGUUUUCUACUAUAUUCAUUCAUUUAAUUUGUUUCUUAUCUAUCCUAUAUGUUUUAUAUACCCAACUUCCAAAUAUGAUUGAUCUGUUUACAUGUUUUUUAAAUACCUGAAGCAAUUUAUGUACGAGUUUACUUUUCGUAUUGGAUUGCGUGUUACUAAUAAAAUAAUCAUAGUGUGAAUUAUUGUAGUAAUAAUAAAUAUUUUGUACUUUUGAGUACUCAAAUAUACAGUAAUUAGUUUGUAACCCUGGUAGAGAAGAUUGAAACUUUUUUAGAACUGCAUUCAUUUCAACAGAGAAUCCAUAACAGUUUAUUAAAUCAAAUAACAAUGUUAAUGUGCUAUUUAAAAUAAAAUAAUUGUUAAAAUUUGAUGUUAAUAGUUAGUACUUAAACUCGUAAAAAUAAUUUAACUUUUUUUUGUUUUUUUUUUUUGUUUUUGUAAUACGAAUCUUUUUUAAAAUUAUAUUGAAAAAAGAUUUAUAUAAAAUUUUAAUGGUAAUUUAAUUAAAAUGUAUAUUUUAGUUGCAUAUUUAAAUCGAUAAUAUUACUAAAAAGAUAAUAUAUAAAAAAUAUAAAUAAUUAUUAC